AUGGGAUUUUGGUUAAAAGACGGAAUUGCCCCCGUCUCUCUCACACUCUCUCUCUCCCGCGCGUCCCUCUCUCUCUCCUCUGGUUCGCGACGCCACCGCAGCCGGCCACGUUUUGGCCGGCCGUUCAUUCGUCCGGCCACCACUCGGGUCGGGACCGGUCCCAAAAUGACCGGCCUGACUCCGCCGUCCUACCCCACCUGUUCUCCGACGUCAGCCGGCAGCGAUACCGCCGGAAAGUGCAGAAAAACGGCCGGUUUUUACCCAGAUUUUCCGGAGCUCGUUCCGGCGAUUCCGGCCACCAAAUCUUGCGAUCAAGGUAUGCGUAGGCAACUCGAUUUACGAAUUGGGUUUCGGCCGGAUUUCGGGAUGAGAUUCCGGCCACUUCCGGAUAGGAAGCUUGGCCGGCGGUUUGGAGUUUUCCCGGCCGCCGGAAAUUACUCAAGGCACCCACGCGCUGCCGGCGCGUGUGGCGGCGCGUGGGCUAGGAAAAUGGACCGGCUCGAGGUUCUAAAAUGA